AUGUGUCAAUUUAAAGAAUUAAUUGAUUCAAAUUCAGCACAAUUAUUAUCAUCUGGUAGUUUAAGUCAACAACAAUCUAGUUCAUGUCAUAGUCGAUUGCACUCUUCUAUUUUUGGUAUAAAAGCAAUCACAAUGAAUCCUUUUUCUGAAUUAGAAUGUUAUUUAAAUCCUAUUC